AUGGAAGGAGCCUUACUGUCCCCCCUGGGAGGUGAAGCUAACGGCCGACCCUUCCACUUCUACAACCAAUCAUCCACGAUACAUCGUCUGUCCAACGGCCUAAUCCGUAAGAGAACGCCCUUGCUCGACAGCGGAUCGUUUGAGUAUGCAGAGGCAAGAGAAAAGUUGCUGCGAGAAGCCAAGAUUCUUCAACGAUUAACGCGUUAUCGCUACUUUCCCAGGAUCAUCGCCGUUGAUGAGAAAGAUGGAAGCAUUUAUCUGAGCGAUUGUGGGGAGGUGCUUCAACAUGAAAAUACUCCUUGUGAUUGGAAGGAACAAAUGAAGGAAAUCUUGUCGAUCCUAGACAACGUUCAGGUCUUCCACAAUGACUGGCUAGGGCUCGGUUGGCCAUCGUCUCCUAAUCUUUGUGUGAAAGAUGGAGUUCUGUGUUUGAUUGAUUUUACCUGGGUGAAGGAAACUCUGUUCUAA